GUCCCAUUACGUUCGCCAGCUACUGAAUCAGCUGCGUGAAAAAAUCAAUACUGCGCGCGUUACAUGAAUUCAUUCCGCAUUUAAACUCUAUCGUGACAUAAAUACACCUUUUAUGUGAGUGUUUUGAACACUUUAAUUCUCAAUUGUAGUUGUUUUAUUGAAAAUUAGUCAUACUUUUAAGUUAACAGCGUUAAUUAGACUGACGAAAUUAAAUUAACACCGCAGUGAACGUAGCCACAGGUGUAAUUGCUGCAUUAGAUCAAGAACGCACCAGAUGGCGCAGUAGUACUCGUGAUGUUGUUACAUACCGUAUGGGCGUGUGAGUGCUUGUGUAAAAAAAAUAGUGUUUUGUGUUGUUUUAAGCGCUAAUGGAGAACGGAAACGGUAAACAGACUGCAAUGUAAAGAAGAUUUUUAUAAAAAAAACCACGCCAAACGAGUGCCUUACAAACGACUAGUGCCUAUUAUAAUUAGACUACGAUAAGCUACGAACGAUACGAAGAGACGAUACGCGAAUUUUUUGGUACCAACUGACAAUCCAUCACCGCAAACACAGAGGGAGUCGUGACGAAGCCUGCGCGACCGCAUCGAGGACGCACUCCACCACAACUGGCGACGGCUGACCGCUCCACGCACAAAUACAGUAGAGUCGCGCCCGCGGGUCCGGUCGUUCAGCCAGGAGCGUCCGCGCCGCCGCCGGCCCAGCGCCACCUCGCUAGACCUACAGCCAGACUCCGACAGACCUUAUAACACUGCUACUAUACACAGAGCCCACUCCCUAAGCAAGAUGGCGGCUCUAUCCCUGAAGAUAUCCAUCGAAGGUGGCAAGGUGGUAAAGACCAUACAGUUCGACCCUUCCACCACCGUGUACGACGCCUGCCGCAUCAUCAGAGAGAAGAUUCUCGAAGCCAGCAGUGGGGACCCAAAAGAAUACGGCCUCUUCUUAGCGUCAGAAGAAGACAACAAGAAGGGAAUAUGGCUAGAAGCUUCCAGAAGUCUGGACUACUACAUGUUGAGGAAUGGAGACCUUCUGGAGUAUAAUAAGAAGACCAGGAACUUGAGAGUCCGUAUGUUAGACGGCACGGUGAAGACCCUGCUGGUGGAUGACAGCCAGGUGGUGGCCAACCUGAUGGUGGUCAUCUGCACCAAGAUCGGCAUCACCAACUACGACGAGUACGGACUGGUGCGAGAAGAACAGAAAGAGGAAGUAGAUCCAUGUGAGAAGCCUAACUUCGGCACCCUGACCCUGAAGCGCAAGCACCAGGAGAAGGAGCGAGACGCCAAGAUGGAACAGCUGAGAAAGAAACUCAGGACUGAUGAUGAAGUGAACUGGGUGGAGCCCUCAAAGACCCUCCGCGAGCAAGGCAUAGACGUGACAGAGACGCUCCUGCUGCGCCGCAAGCUGUUCUUCUCAGACCGCAACGUGGACUCCAGGGACCCCGUCCAGCUCAACCUGCUGUACGUGCAGGCCAGGGACGCCAUACUGGACGGCACGCAUCCUGUUACUAUGGAUAAAGCUUGCGAGUUCGCGGGUAUCCAAUGUCAAAUACAGUUCGGGGACCACAGGGAAGACAAACAUACACCCGGAUUUUUAGACCUGAAAGAGUUCCUGCCAGCGUCCUACGUGAAGGUGAAGGCCAUUGAGAAGAAGAUCUUCAAGGAACACAAGAAGCACGUCGGCCUCAGUGAGCUGGACGCCAAGGUGCUGUACACCAAGAGCGCCAGGGACCUCAAGACUUAUGGUGUCGCUUUCUUCUUGGUUAAGGAAAAGAUGAAAGGCAAGAACAAGCUGGUCCCCCGUCUACUGGGAGUCACGAAAGACUCAGUGCUGCGUCUGGAUGAGAAGACCAAGGAGAUCCUGCAGACCUGGCCACUGACCACUGUACGUCGCUGGUGUGCCAGCCCCAAUACUUUUACCCUGGACUUCGGAGACUACAGUGACCAGUACUACAGCGUGCAAACUACGGAAGCGGAACAGAUAUUGCAAGUAAUAGCCGGGUAUAUAGACAUAAUAGUACGCAAGCAGCGCGCCAAAGACCACCUCGGCAUCGAGGGGGACGAGGGGUCCGCCAUGUUGGAGGAUUCUGUGUCGCCUUCUAAGGCCAAUAUAAUCCAACACGACACAUUCAAAUCUGGCAAGGUGAACACGGAGUCCGUGGCCAAACCCGCCGUGCAUCGCCCCGGAGCUGAAGGAGCGAAGCCUUUCGCAGUGAACCACAUGACGGGCGCCCAGCAGACGACAGUCUCAGGACAAAUCAUUACUGGACACACGCCGCCCGCUGCGUCCCAGGUCCAGCAGACGCGCGUGACGUCGAUCCUGUCGGAGCCGCAGCGCGCGCUGCUGUCCACCAUCUCCAGCGGAGUGGAGAUCAUCAAGCACACAGAGGAGGGACUCACCAGGGCCACCCUCCCAGCGCUGGGCCAGGACGCGGCGUCGGUGAAGUGGAAGCAGGUGACGAUGGACACCAACAAGCAGGUCGUCACUUCGCAGAUUGCCGCCAUGAAUGCGGCCACGGCACAGGUCGUCACACUCACUUCAGGCACGGAGGAAGUAGACCACACGGCAGUAGGAGCGGCCAUCACCACCAUCACCACCAACCUGCCGGAGAUGACGAAGGGAGUACAGAUGAUCGCCGCACUCAUGGAUGACGGGGACCAUGGAGACAAACUCCUGGAUGCCACCAGGAAACUCUGUACAGCAUUCACUGACUUACUGAAGGCUGCUGAGCCGGAAACUAAAGAGCCGCGCCAGAACCUCCUAAAUGCUGCCUCCCGCGUCGGCGAAGCCUCCACAACAGUCCUCUACACCAUCGGAGAGGAAACCGAGGAGGACAAGGAGACACAGGACAUCCUCCUAUCGCUGGCGAAGGCAGUGGCCAACACCACGGCGGCCCUGGUCCUGAAGGCCAAGAACGUGGCGGCGCAGUGCAGGGAGGACCAGCCGCUGCAGAACUCCAUCAUCGCAGCCGCUACACACUGCGCGCUCGCCACUAGCCAACUUGUUGCUUGUGCCAAGGUGGUAGCCCCAACCCUCCAGAACCCUCAAUGCCGCUCCCAGCUGUCCCACGCAGCCCGCCAGGUGGCCAGCGCAGUCCAACGCCUGCUGGACGCCUGUUCCAGCGCCCCGCCGCCGGCAGCCCCCGCCGUGGAGUCCCUCACUGCCGCGGCACACAAUGUCACGCAGGAACUCGAGAGGUUGCUGGCGCAUUGUGAACUUGAGCGUCGUGCGACGGGCACGGUGUCGGAGCGGUCCGUGGAGAGCGUCAUGUGUGCCAGCGAGCGAGUCGUGGGCGCCGCCGACCCGGGGGACAUGGUGCGCCACGCGCGCCUGCUGGGCCAGGCCACCGCGCAUCUCAUCACCAACAUCAAGACGGAAGCAGAGAAGCAACCAUCAGAAGGUCAGCGCAAGUUGCUGGCGGCUGCCAAGCUGCUGGCGGACGCUACAGCGCGCAUGGUGGAAGCUGCCAGGCAGUGCGCGUCCGAGCCACAGGACCGCGAGAAACAAGAAGCUCUGCGCAAGGCUGCAGAAGAACUGCGCUACAUCACCGUGGACUACGCGCAGGGACAGGACAUCGUCGGGUCGCAGGUCGCGCGGCUACAGGAGAGCGCUCGCCAGGCCGCUUCCAGCGCGACGCAACUGAUCACUUCGGCCCACAACGCCACGCAGUACAAUACCAACAAGUACACACAGGAGACCCUGAUGGAGGAGUGCAAGUCCCUGAGCGAGCAGAUCCCCCGCGUGGUGGACGCCGUGAAGGUGUCGAGCCUGCGCCCCGCCGACCCGGCCGCCACGCUCGACCUCAUCUCCGCCUCCGAGGCCUUCCUACAGCCGAGCGGGCACGUGGUGUCAGCGUCCCGCGGCGCGCUCCCGACGGUGGGCGACGGGCCCACGGCCAAGCACCUCGCAGACACCACGCACUCCUUCACCGCCAGCGCCGCCGACCUCAGGUCAGCAGUAGGUCGUGCUCGUAUCUCCUGCAAAGGUCUCGAACUGGAUGCUGCAGCAGAGAUCAUCAAGUCGCUUCAGGCGGAGCUGGACGAGCUGGAGGAGGCUGCCAGGGCGCUGGAACUGAGACCACUGCCCUCACAGACGCCGGAGUGGGCGUCGUCGACGUUGAAGACGUCGUCCCGGCUGGCGGCGUCGCACACGAUGUCGCUGGCGGCGGGCGCGCGGCGCGGCGACCACGCGGCCUGCGCGCGCGCCGCCGGCGACCUGGCGCAGUCGCUGCGGGACUUCGGCGCCGGCCUCCGCGCCACCGCCGCGCUGCAGCCAGACCAUGCCCGCAGGGAGAAAAUAAUAACGUCAGGUCGCACAGUCCUCUACUCCUCCCAAACACUGGUGGAACACGUGAAGCGAUCCCUCACCACCUCGGAGACUGUCGACACCACCUCCAUCAUGGCCAUCGCUAAGGACAUCUCACAGGGUCUGGAGUCGACUCUGGAAGCGGUUCCAUCUCACACCGAGCUGGAUGUAGCCAUGGAGAACAUCAACGAGACCCUCAACAUACUCAACAUGGGAGAAUUCCCGCCCUCUGACAGGAGCUAUGGUGAACUCCAAUCGGAGCUGAACGCGGCGGCGGUAGGCCUGAGCAGUGCGUCGUCGGAAGUGGUGGACCGCGUCGACCGGCCCGCCGACCUGGCCGCCGCCGGGGCCGGCUUCGGGGACGCCUUCAACAGGCUGCUGGGCGUCAGCAUGGAGAUGGCGGGACAUACCGAGGACCGCGACGCCCAGACCCUGAUGGUGAGCUCCAUGAAGAGUGUGACCGUCAACUCGUCCAAACUGCUCGGCACUGCCAAGUCCGUCAGCCAGGACCUGACCCGCCCCAACGCCAAGAACCAGCUAGCGGCCGCCGCCCGCGCCGUCACUGAGAGCAUCAACAGGCUUGUGGACGUGUGCAGUAGCGCGGCGCCGGGCCAGAAGGAGUGCGCGGCCGCCAUCCGCAGCAUUCGCUCCACGCUGCCGCUGCUGUCGGCGCCCGCCGAGCCGCUCACCGACCUCGGCUACUUCGCCUGCCUCGACGCCGUCGUCGACCAGAGCAAGAGCCUCAGCGAGGGCAUGUCCCAGAUGGCGAGCUCGGUGAAGCGCAGCGAGGCGGAGCAGUUCAGUCGGGCCGUGGGCACCGUGGCCGCCGCCGUGCAGGGGCUCGUCGAGUGCACCGCGCAGGCCGCCUACCUGGUGGCAGUAUCGGACGAGACGAGUGUAGCAGGUCGUCCAGGUCUAGUAGACCAGGCGCAGUUCGCGCGUGCCGCCGUGGCCAUCGACCAGGCCUGUCGAGCGCUCUGUGACUCUUCUAGCAACCAACAACAGGUGCUGUCGGCGGCCACGGUGGUGGCCAAGCACACGAGCGCGCUGUGCAACGCGUGCCGCGUGGCGUCGGGCCGCACGGCCGAGCCGCGCGACAAGCGCCACUUCGUGCAGGCCGCCAAGGACGUCGCCAACUCCACCGCCGCGCUCGUCAAGGACAUCAAGGCGCUCGACACCGACUACAGCGAGGCCAACCGCGCCCGUUGCGCCGCAGCGACAGGUCCCUUGCAGGACGCAGUGCGCAGUCUGUGUCAGUUCGCGGACAGUCCCGAGUUCGCUUCCAUUCCCGCCAAGAUAUCGCCGCAGGCUAGGAACAACCAGGAGGCUAUAUUGGAGUGUGGCAGGAACAUAAUCUCGGGCUCGUGUUCAAUGCUGGAGUCAGCCCGUCUCCUGGGAGUGUCUCCAGCCGAGCGCUCCCACUGGCAACAACUGGCGCUGCACAGCAAGACUGUGUCCGAUAGCAUCAAGGGACUGGUCGCUAACAUCAAAGAGAAGGCGCCAGGCCAGCGAGAAUGCGUAGCGGCGUUAGACACGCUGAACAGACAGCUGCGUGAACUGGACCAGGCCGCCAUGCAGGCCGUCGGACAGGAACUGGUGCCCAGGAAGAAUAAUACGCUGCAAGGCUACACGGAGCAGAUAGAGAACAGUGCGACGGAGAUGCUGGAGCGCCUGGAGCCGCUGCGGGUGGCCGCCCUCGGGGAGGCCGAGCACCUGGGACACGCCGUCGUACAACUGGUAUCAUACGCGGAGCCGUUGGUGUCGGGCACGGUGGGUGCGGGUUCGAACCUGUCGGAGUCGAGCACGCAGGGCGCGCUGUUCGAGCACGCGCGCACCGUGCUGGAGACGCUCGCGCUGCUGCUGCACGACGCCCGGGCCGCCGCCGGGAACCCACGGGCGGUGUCGGCGCACAGCAAGGUGGAGGUGCAGGUGGCGCAGUGUCGCUCGGCGCUGUCGGAGCUGCAGGCGCAGGUCCGCGAGCUCAGCGCGGCGCGCGGCGCCGUCGGCCCGCUGCUGGACUCCAUGCAGCGCGCCAUCGCCCGGCUCACGGAACACAGAAUGUCUCUAAUCGGCUCGUACGAUGAGUCGGACUCGUUCGUGGACUACCAGACGCGUAUGGUCGGCGCCGCCAAGGAGAUCGCCAGGCUCGCUACAGACAUGACGGCGAAGUCAGCAACGGACGCGAGUCGCCUGGUACAGCUAGGCAACGAGAUGUGCCAGAAGUACGAACAACUCGCACAGGACAGUGUCGGGGCGUCCGCCACUACGCCCAACUCCGAUAUUGCUAACAGGAUCCGCGUAGCAGUAGUAGAACUCGGCGAGGGAGUGUCAGAGCUGAUCAAGGCAGGCGGCCAUUGUCGCCUCUCCGCCAUACCACAGAACCAACGCGCCGUCGCUGAUAGCGCCAAGAUUGUUAACGAGAAGGUGAUAGCAGUGCUGAGCGGCCUGCAGGCGGGGUCCCGCGGCACGCAGGCGUGUAUCGACGCCGCCGCCACCAUCGCCGCCAUCAUUGGGGACCUCGACACCACCAUACUCUUCGCCAGCGCCGGUACUCUCCACUCAGAGAAAGAAUCAGACACAUUCUCCGAUCACCGGGAGAAUAUCCUGAAGACUGCGAAGACUUUGGUAGAAGACACCAAGACCCUCGUCGGAGGAGCAGCUGGUACUCAGGAACAACUGGCCACUGCGGCACAGAGCGCCGUCAGUACUAUAGUGCAACUGUGCGAGGUGGUGAAGCUGGGCGCGAUGUCGCUGGGCAGCGCCAGCCCGGAGCCGCAGGUGCUGCUGCUGCACGCGGCGCGCGACGUGGCGGCCGCGCUGCGCGACCUGGCCGCCGCCACCACCGCCGCCUCCGGCAAGACCGUCGCGCACCCCGACAUGCACCGCCUCAAGCACGCCGCCAAGCGACUGUCCGACGCCACGCGCCGCUGGAGCCUCCCUCUCAAAGCCACCACCAUACCUCGCCCAAACAGGCGCUCCACCAUACUGCGACUCGACUAUAACUCCGCAGACUCCGAAACUGACAUCUUCCAAUCAGACCAGGAAGAUGAACUGGUCAAACUCUUAGACUAUUCCAGCCAAGAUGACGAUGUCUCCCCGACUAUAUUCCAUGAUAAUUGUGAAGAAAUUAUCACGUAUAUAGAAAAUAAAAUGACUAUACCACCUGUUAGGAGCCUUAAAAAUGACGAUUUGAAUGAACGGUACAACCUCGCAGCUAAAAACAGUCUCCUAGACAUGGACUGGCGAGUCCUAAAAUAUGGAGAAAAUAUACUUCUAGGUGAAGUCAAGAAACUAGUCGACAUGGUCCAUGACCUAGGAGAUAGGGAAGAGAAUAAUAGAAAGAGAGAAAUGAUCCAGAGAACGAAAGCUAAUAACGAUUUGGACUCGGAAAUGAAACGACUAUCAACUGUCAUAGAAAAUUUGGACUCAAUAGAAAUUAAUGUCACAACUGAGGUCAGAGUUGAGACUGUGCCUAAUAAAAAGCCUAAAGUAGACGAUGUUAAGUUAACAAGUCCAGUUUUCAAAGUCAAGAAGGUCAGACCAGUCAGUCUAGAUGUCCAAACUCCGUCUCCGGAGGCUGCUGAGGCUGCCAAAGAGUUGUUAAGCCCCGAGGAGAAGCAGAAAGAUGAAAGCGUGGAAAUCGUGGUCAAACCUGAUGUGAAAUCUAGAGAAACGACUGAUGUCAGCACCGUGACCAGAAAAGUCAGAAUGGAAUUCUGGAAAAUGUUCAAAGAUGACACGGAGUGGUGGAAAGCUUUAGCUAAAAGGAAUCUCGAAAAGAUGGAGGAAACCAGACGAGAACUGGAGAGAUUCAGUGGACAUGAACUCGUUUUGGGCGAGUUCCAAACUCAAUUAGAUAAAUUCGAAAAUGAAAAGCAUACUCUACAAAAUUUUAUCGAAGAAGUUGACAAAUCUAAAGCCGUGAACCAAGAUCUUGAAUAUAAUAAAAAGUACGAAGAUAUGGUGCUUAAACUGAUCGAGUUCGCCAAAAAAGACUUUAUUUACAAAGGCUUUGAUCCUCUUAUCGAACAGCUGAAAGCGUUAUCUAACAUCAAAAUCGAUCGAAAGAAAAAAGUAGACAUACAAGAGAUACUAAACAUCUACUCACAAAUAGACACAAGCAAAUAUACAUACGAAGAACUUUGUCUUCUAGAAAGAUACUACAAAGAGAUUAUAAGAAAAUACAAGCGAGAUUUCAGAGAUAAAGAAAACAUAAUUCCAGAGAAUAGACAUAAUAUAUAUACAACUAACAGUUUACACAGAAACAUUAACCACACCAUAAUAUAUAAUACAGACACAAUAAAAAGCACACGAUCGAACCCUGAGAAAAAACGCAAUUCCAUAGAAAUUAUGGACUUAACAAGGACCUACCCGAUGCAAUAUUACGCGAACAACUGGUGGACUAUCUACGAAGACGUUCUCAAAAGCAGAGAACAACAAUUCGGCUCAAUUGACAACUGGUGGCAAGUGUACGAAAGGAUACUUAACAAAACGGAGACUAAGGAAGAUUUGGAGAGAUUCCAGUCUUUGAUAAGAAGUCAGUCCAGGUCGAGGCCUAGUUCUCGAAUGGAGGAACAGCUAAGGAUGUUGGAUGAGAUAAGGAAUGAUAGGUUUAAGGAGACGGAGGCAGUGACCCGAAAGGAUGAUGAAUCGGUGAUGGUGACAAACGUGACGUCACUGCUGAAGACCGUGAAGGCGGUGGAGGAUGAGCACACACGAGGCACCAGGGCGCUGGAGUCCACUAUAGAAGCUAUCUCGCAAGAGAUUGAGGUACUUAUGUCAUCCACGGCUCCGAAGUCCACGGCGACUCCCGAGGAGUUGAUCCGCUGCACGCGACAGAUGACCGUGGCCACGGCCCGCGCCGUCGCCGCCGGGAACGCGAACAAGCAGGACCAACUGACUGCCGCCGCCAAUCUAGGCAGGAAGACUGUUGUAGAUCUACUAGUGGUCUGCAAGGGCGCAGCGCACGCAGCAGAGACAGCGGAGCUCCGCAGUCGUACGUUGGAGGCCGGGCGCGCGGCGGCGGCGGCCUACCGCGCGCUGCUGGGCGGCGUGCUGGCGGCGGCCGGCGGCGACGGCGGCGCGCGCCACGACCUGCCCGACCUGUCGCGCCACGUCGCGCACGCCACCGCUGACAUCAUCGCCACCGCCGAGCUGCUCAAAGGUUCAGACUGGGUAGACCCGGACGACCCGACAGUUAUUGCUGAGAACGAGCUACUAGGCGCCGCCGCCUCCAUCGAUGCCGCCGCCAAGAAACUCGAGUCUCUACGCCCUAGGAAGAGCGUCAAAGUACAGGAGGCGGACGAGAGCCUGAACUUCGACGAGAUGAUCCUCGAGGCGGCCAAGUCCAUCAUCACUGCUACAUCCGCGCUAGUACGCGCUGCUUCAGCCGCGCAGAGGGAACUUAUUGACCAGGGCAAGGUAGCUCGUCGCCCCACCUCAUCAUCAGACGACGGCCAGUGGUCUGAAGGUCUGAUCAGUGCAGCCAGGCUAGUGGCUGCCGCAGCGCAUUCCUUGGUGGAAGCUGCCAACGCGCUGGUGCAGGGAGCCGGGUCUGAGGAGAGACUUAUUUCAAGUGCCAGGCAGGUCGCCUCGUCUACUGCUCAGCUGCUGGUGGCUUGUAAGGUGAAGGCCGACCCCUCAUCCGAGUCCACCCGUCGCCUCCAAGCGGCCGGCGCCGAAGUGAUCAGGUCGACGGACAACCUGGUCCGCGCCGCCAGGGACGCCAUACAUACGGAGGAUGAGAGGAGUCUUGUACUGAACAGGCGCAUGGUCGGGGGCAUCGCGCAGGAGAUUGAUGCCAGAUCCGAAGUCCUCCGCAUAGAAAAAGAACUUGAAGAAGCCCGAGGUCGUCUGACUGCCAUCAGACAGGCCAAGUACAAGCUCCGAGCUGGAGAGACCUCUGGAGAGGACACCGACACAGACGUACAGCUGGGGUACACUAGCGACACUGCUCCACACAGAUUCAAAACUCCAAAUAGCAGUUUCGCGAACACGACAUAUAGCCCCAACAGUACAUACUCCCCCCACACACACACAAACACAACGCACACGACACACAACACGACAAACAUUAGCUCACAUAUAUCGCAACUGAACCACUCCAUCCACGGCACUCCGGCCAAGAGUCCAGUCUCCCCUGGUUACUACUCCACUCCGAAGAGUCCUACAGUACCGGCCCGACCUGACCAGUACAAUCAGAGCUUCAGCCAAGAAAAAGUACCGACUCGACCUGACCAAUACAGCCAGAGCUUCAGCCAGGAGAAACAAUAUACUGUGCAGAGUCCGUCAUUCUCUAGCUUCAGGCCAGCGGAAGAACCUAAGCAAAAUUAUGAAGGAUUUACUACUCGGACAAGCAUAGAGGAGGUCACAGUAAGGUCCCUAACCCUCCCUGAAGUGAGGACGGCACACCUAGUGGGAGAGGAACGUGUCCCCUACAAGAGGGAGAGGGCUCCUCCUCCGCCGCCGCGCAGGGCUUCGCUACUUAGCUACGAGACCCGCCUGUACGACACUCCGCGCCCUCUACACGAGACCACAACAGAACGCCAGGAAACACUUUACGACUACAAAGAACAUAAAUACGGCUAUGAACCUCCUAAAACCCCACUUAGCCCUAAAUUCAACGCCAGGGAACUCAAAUUUGAUGACAAGGAACCCAUCUACUCAACCUUGAAAAAACCUUUUGAUGGAGUCGGACAAACGUUCUCCGAGCACCAGAAGUCUUCGGAAGCCAUCCCUGGAGGUAUGAAACACUCUGAAUUCAAAGUUCACAGCGAAUCUUACCAAUCUUACCCCAAAACUGAAUACAGUAAGACAGAAUUUCGCGAAGAAGUCAAAUCUCCUUUCGCGUCCACGCCCAAAUUCGAUCGGUCUACCGAGUUAGUGAAGGCUGCUACUCCAGACUAUGACAGGAUCGCUUCUCCAUACAAAGAAAGCGCUAGUUACGGAGGUCCGAACUAUAUGGAAGAAACUACCACAGAGGUCAAAGAAAUACCUAAUGGUACACAGAAAAUAACUACAACUAAAAUCUAUAGUUCUUCUCCCGUGAACCUAACUACAACUAGUACGAAAUAUGAACCUAUCAGACUUGAUGGCAUCGAUGAACUAUCCAAAUCAUUCGAUAAUGACUCUAAAUACAGCACUUUGGACUCUCGUUUCAACACCUUAGAGUCUAAAAUGAGUUCGGACACCAGCCGGUCUUUCAUGAGACCCUCAGAAUUCCAAUCUUCAGAUUAUCAAGCUACAACUAAUGUUACUAAAGUCAAAAAGCCUUCGGAUUUAGUGAAGGAGAUCGAUUCCCUGGACAAGAAGUUUUCUAAGCAAACAAUUACUUCGGAAACUAUUGAGAGAAAGUCUGUGAUGACCAGCUCACACAAAUCAGAAUCUUCGUCAACCAUAACAAAGAAAUUCGGCAAUUUUUGAGGUCUGUCUAAAUUUUAUGUGAAAUGCUUCCUUACUGCCAGAAAAAAACCUCGAAAAAUAAUGUAGUGUAAACUCUCAUGUGAUUUUUUUUACUUUACCGUUUUUUACCGCGGUAAAAAAUGUUUUACCGCGGCAAAAAGCUUUGGAAUUUUGUUAGUGUUCGAGGUUUUUACCGUAUGUCGUAGCUUAAGUGUUGAAUUAUAAAAGGACUAUGCACGUUUUUGAAAGUACUUUGAAAAAAUAUUUAUUAAUUAAUUAUUAAUAUUAGUGUUUUGUAAAUUGACGUUUUAUAUAAAUUCUCUGAAAUACUUUGACAGAUAUUUUUGCUCUUUUUGUUUUUUGAUUAUGAACAGGGUAACACAGGUCUCGAAAGGAUAUGUUGGCGGGCGAUCGAAAGUCCGUCCGUUCGAAUCUCAUCAACAGUAAAAAAAUCAAAAGUCAAAAUAUCUGUCAAAAAGAAAUUUGUAAAAAAAGUUUUAAAAAUAACAAAAAUGUAUAUUAAAAAUGUUGUUUUUGAUCUAACACUGAAAAUAUUUAUUAAAUUAAAAGAGCUAUAAAUACUAACGAAAAAUGAACUAUAAUACGUAGUAAUAGGAGUUAUAUUAAAGUUAAGGUGCUAAUUAUAAUAUAAUACUUACUGAGUGUGUCUUAGCCAGCCUUAGAGAUGACAAAUUCAAUUAUUAAUUGUUAUUUAUUGUUGGUUAUUUAUGACUGGGUUUAGUUAUGUUAAAGAUAUUACAAAAAACUAGAUGACUUCGUUUUUAGGUCGAAACUACUCGAAAGAUUUAGAAAAGUAUACAUUUAGAUAUGAAAUUUUGUAUUUUACACAAAAAACUGUUAGUUAAAUUACAAAAAAUAAUAUAUAUUGAAAUUUUAUACUUAAAUGAAAUGUCUCGAAAAAUACUAAUUUAAAAAGUAAACUCAUUUUAUAAAAAACAUUUUAUAUCACCAUUCUUUCUACAAAGUUACAAUAUAUAGAACACUUUUCAAGUUUCUAAAUAUUACAGAAAAAUUAAAAAUAAACUGUUAAACAAGAAAUCAGUGAUUCAAACAAAAAAUCCACUAUUAAAGUCAUCUUUAACAUGACUAAAUCCAGUCUCACUAGUGGACAACAUGCCCACGCCUCACAAAGUGCUAACCCCACGGGGUCCUUAUAUUCGAUGCCUUCUUACGACCGAGAGUGCCAUUAUUAUAAGUAUUAUAUUUUUAUUUAUAUAUUACGUGCCUUCACCUUAUACAUUUUAUAACGAGGGCUGCAUACCAUAUAUAACUAUAAAAAACAAAGAAACAAAUGCGGCAAGCUAAAUAACACCGUUUAAAUAUGCAGCUAUGAAGAUUUAUUAUGCAAAAUACAGACAUUAAUUAGUUCAUUAAUCUUACCCAAUUUUGGUAAUAGAUUUUAGACUUAAUUGCAAAAUAUUUAGGUUCAAAAUCUUAGAAAGCAACUAAUGCAGCCCAAUACAAUGAUAAAAUGAAUGUGCCAUUUACAGAAAAUAUUUUAUUUUACAAAUUACCUAUUUAUUAUUGUUAAUAUACAUGUUUUUAUUGAAAUUUUACUAAACUAACUGGAUUAUAUACGGCAUUCUGUUACUUAUAUGAACUUAUAAAAAGAAUUAUAAUAAUAUAAACUUAUAAAACGACUUAUAACUUCUAAAUGACAGCUGAGAAGUCUUUAUAAGUAACUCAACAGAAUGUCUUAAAAACAGUGAUCGUAUGGUGCAAUUAUUUUGAAAAUAUACUAAAAAUUAUAUUUAAUAUAGAUUUUAUUCGUAUACCUACUAAUGUACUAAGAACGCAGCUUAACAAUAACGCAUUUAAACAGAAAGUAUUUAAACGAACAAACAAUAUAUUAUAUUUUUAUUGUUUUUGUUUUUAGAGUAGUCGUGGUGUCGACAGGAGAAGUCUCGUGAAAUUAUUUACAUAUAUUAUAAGAUUAUAUAUUAUAUAUACGUAUAAUAGUAAUGAUAAUGGGUAUGAUAAUAAAAGAUCUAGUCCGUCAGUUAGGUAAUGAAAAAAUAUAAAACACAUAUUUUUUUAUUUUGUCGUAUAAGAAAACAAUACAUUGAUAAAACGAUUCCUUGUUCAGGAGUAGCGACGUCAUUUCUAAGUAUAAAACGUACCUAGAAGUGACGUCACGCGAUUUUUCAAAUCAAUAUAACGCCGAAAGUAUUUGUUCUGUAAGGAAAUAAAAAAUACGUGUGUAAUGUUUUAAAAUAAUCUACCAGACGGACAUUAAAAUACCCUAUUAUAACAAAUUUAUGUAGCUAGCAAGGAGCAGGCUAAAAUGGAUUGUCAGUUGGAAAAUAAAUAUUAAUUUUGUCAUACACGUGCCUUAUGUAAUUCGCAGCUUUUUCUAUAUAGAACUCAGGCGUAAUAUAUUAGUGUCUGGGUUCGAUGCUCGCCUCGUGUAUAUUGUAUACUGUGUACUCGUAGUAUAGAUGCCCGCGGAAGCGAUUCGUCCACUGAAGGUAACUUAACACCAAUUCUAGUAGUUAUAUAUAAUUAUAGUAAUUAUAACUUAUAAAUAUUUAGAGUUAUUAUAUAUAAUGUAUAUUUUAUACUAAGUGUCAUAUAUAAUGCCGGUUCAACGUUUUAACACAAACUUUUGGAAGUUUUGUCUAAUAUAAUUACCACAUUUAUUAUAUAAGUGACGUAGAAAGCCAUAUGUUAUAUUAUUAUAUUUACUAUUAAUAAUGCGUGCGUAGUACCACGAGCGAAUGUUCGUGUCAGGCUAAAUCGUGUCUUAUUAAUUUUAAUAAUUCUAUAAAUCUAUACUCUUACUAUAAGACGUCGUUUUAAACGCUCAAAGUUUCAGAAAAUAUACAUUUUUCAAAUAUUUCCUACAUGUUGAAUUUUGACAAGAAAUCCGACAUUUUAGGAAUAUAUAAAAUUGAAAUUGAUACAUGUAAAACGAAUCUGAUUUCAGUUUUAAGAAAUCAGAUAUUCACAAAAUUAAAAUAAUUAUGUAAGAUCACUCAAAUUAUUUAGUAUACAGGUAAGAAAACAAAGAUUGGUUCAGUACAGAGACAGUAGCCAUUGGUUGUCUAGAGCCGACUGAGUUACUAAACACAUGGCUUCGUUACAAAACGUACAAUUUAGUAUAAAAAUGGCUACUGUCUCUAUACUGAAUCUAUCUUUAUUUAUUACCUACAUACUAAAUCACUUGGCUGUUAUCACGUUGAGCGUUUAAAACAACGAACAAUAUUUUGUAAAACUCUUUAUAAUAAUAAUUAUUAAUGAUACUUUAUAAUAAUAAUUAGUUUUGAUACCUACACUAAGUCUCUGAGUACAUGAGUAAAAUCUCUAUAAAACCAAAUGUAACUAAUAUUAUUUAAACAGUCGCGUUGGUAUCGUUUGUUAAUUUAAUGUAAUGUUAUAUUUACGGUAGCUAUUGUAAGCAGCGUGUAUGGCUCGUAUCGGUGUAAUAAACAUGUAACUAAUA